AUAAAAAUGCUGGCGUUAGAAAAAAUUACGUUGAUUUUUAUAAUUUCAGAGAAAAUUACUUUUAAUUACUGCAACGUAGCGAGCGUAUAAUCAUACGGUAACAGUUAUCGCAACACACACACACAGAGCUAAUAAACCGACGGUACAAUAAAAAAGCGAUAUGCGUAAUUGGCUCGUACGCCGAGUAUCGUUAGAAAAAUUUCCGAAUCAAUAGCGAAAUAAUCACAGAGCGAUUUGUUUUUUUUUUCAUACAAUUCACGUAAUCGUCGUUUGUAGGUCAAUCUCGGAUGGAUACGAAACGAGAUGACGUACGUUGCAAGUUCACCGAUCGAACGAACGAACGAAUGAACAAACGUACGUGAAAAGAAAGCGAAACCAUUCGUGCCCGGACUCGACGAUUGAGAAAAACAAGUGGGACAAUGAUCGAUAAGAAGAAACUGCGUGCGAAUAGAAUGGAAUGUCAGCGGGUCGGGUAGUAGAGAAAAAAGGUAGCAAAGUCCUCCUCUCUGAUCCGAUGGACGGAUAUUGAUUUAAGAUAAGAGACGAACGCGCGUAUCUCUUUGUGUGACGCCUCGCGCGCGUCGACGAUGAUGACAAAUUUGUGUUGCAAUUGUGCGCGCCGGACCGGACGUGUCUCGCGUUUAGAGGAUAAAGUCCGCGCGAACUUACGUGUACGUUACCGCGCUUUGCGUACGCCGCAAGAUUAUUCAACGGAGAUAUCAUCGAGAUCGAUGUAUGCACUUGCGCGACACCAAUCGCUACGUCGGUGGCGGCGUCGGCGCCCGCGCAUCGAGCAGUGACGCGUGAGCGUCAACGAAACAAGGUCGUAUUUCAUUAACAUGAUUUUCGAUUUUGUUCACCAUCGUCAUCGGGUCAUCGGCGGUGUCGCGUAAAAGAGUUUCUUUCGAAGCUCUCGUCACGAGCAAGCGCACGUGUCUCGCGCAAUCCUCACCCGUGAGAAGAGAGAUCGAGAGUGUCUCUCUCUCCCCGAAAGAGACACGUCAUUCAUCCCUCUUUUCGAGCGAGUAACAAGCGCGAAGAUCUUUCCGGAUCAUUCUCCGAAGCUGCAAGCGCCUAAUCGUCGUUGGGGGUUCCAGCGCGUACUCGACAACCCCCUCGAUGUGCACAGCACCGUGACACAGAUAACGCCUCGUAUCGCGAGAAGUUCUCAUGCAACGAGGCUAAUUGAGGCGAUAACGGUAUCACUGCGAUAUAUCGCGUGUCCCACGCGGAAGUGUGUCUCAACCACCGGCAGUCGAAUCCAUCCUUAAAUCCCCAAAGUGCUUUCGCUCAUGUCCGAUUAUGCGUGUUCUCCGUCCCGCAUUAUUUUUCGCCGAUCGGUUCGCUUCGCAAUGUCCUCGCAACGGAUCGUUCCAGCGUCUCGCGGAUGAGGCGAGCCGGAUAACAUCACGGUGCGUCCCGUGGACGGUAAACAGAUGGAUUGCCGUGUCACCUAGUAUCCCGAGUUUUUUGGCGUAAACGUUAGAAUUGUUGUAUAAAAUGUUCUGAGAGGAGUUGGAUCGCGCGCUUGUGUUUACGCUCGUCGAGUUUACGUGCGUCAUGUUUCAUUGGGAGAAAACGACGUAACGUUCAGUGAUCUUCAUCACGACAAUGCCUCUGCCAAACAUUCUGAGAAAGGCGAGCAGUUACAUCCUCGGCGACUGCGGCCAGGACAAUCGGCGCGUCAUUUAUCAGGACGGCGAGGCUCUGUUCUGCAAGAACAACGUCUGCGUGCACCCGCCGACGUUGAUGAGACAGCACGCGGACGUGGUGCAUCAUCCCGGAUAUAUGACGAUAACUUGCAAACUGAACAAGAACUCGAAUCUGCCGACCUUGCAUCUGAGCUGGAUACCGAACAGCACGCUGCGCAAACAUCCCACGACGUUGGAGAACCAGAGUCCAAGAAACACCGCGGCGACGACGCAUCGGGAUUCCGCGGACUCACCCCGGUCCCGGCUACCGGAUAGAUGCGAUCCGCUCAAUGUUCUGGACGCGAGGGUCGAGAAUGAGAACGAGAACGAUAACGACAACGGGAACGGUAAGCUGGACGUGUGCCUGGAGGCGAAGGAGCCCGUCACGUGCGGGGAUUGCGAGCGCGUCUGCUCCGGUUCCGGUUGCGACUUUUCGCGCCCGCGGGACUCGAGCGUGAUCAACGACGGCGAGAAUAGUACCGAGAGUACCGAGAAUCAAUCGUAUUCGAUUGAGUCAAGGAACGAGAAGAACGGAGAUUCGAAGGACCGAAGUUGUAAUCGCGACAGCGACGCGAGAAGCAUCGACGAGGAAGCGCGAUUCCUCUUCCGCGACGACGUGAGCAUCAAAAGUCGCAGUCUGUCGCUGACCUCGACCUGCAGUUUGUCAAUCUCGGUGUCCACCGACGCUGAGGAAGUGCCGUCGUGGAUGAGGUCGCCGGAACUUCUAGCCUUGCAGCACAAUCUUGCCUUUCCCGAAAGCGCGACCGCGUCGCCCGUAACUGUGCGCAGAGCGCACCGGUGUCGCAGAUUCUCGGUGGAUCUCAGCGAGAUGCGAUCUCUGAGACUGUUCUUCGCCGAUCCCGCCUGCACCUGCGGUCAGCUGGUGGUGGCGAGCAGAGAGAGCCAAUAUAAGAUUCUGCAUUUCCAUCACGGCGGCUUGGAUCGACUGGCUACCACUCUGCACCAGUGGCAUCAGUUGCUCUAUCCGCGUCUGAGCUCCGACACGGAGGAAACUUUGCCGUACAGGCAUUUCAUGGUGUGCAGACCGGAGGUAAGUCGGGACGAGUUGCAUCCGGAAGAGGGCCAAGUGCCGAUGAUCACAUCGCUAGCUUGGAAAGAUUUGUUGAACGAGAGGGGCCAAGUGGAGGACGAUCUCGCUCUCCGCAAGGGUAUAUUUUUUGGUGGUCUGGAACCGGCGCUGCGAAAAAUCGUUUGGCCCUUCUUGUUGCACUGCUACUCUUAUCAGAGCACCUACGAAGACAGAGAACAGAUCGACGCUAUCAGACGGCAAGAAUACGAGGAGAUACAGAAACGUCGCUUGACCAUGAACCCCGAACAGGCCGAGCGUUUCUGGCGAAACGUGGUGUGCAUAGUGGAGAAGGAUGUUGUCCGCACGGACAGAGCCAAUCCGUAUUACGCCGGUGAGGGCAAUCCGAACAUCGAAGUGAUGAAAAAUAUUUUACUCAACUAUGCGGUGUACAACUGCCGCUUGGGUUACACUCAAGGAAUGUCGGAUCUCCUGGCUCCGUUGCUAGCCGAACUCAACUCAGAAAUAGAGGCCUUCUGGUGUUUCGCCGGUCUGAUGCAGAGAUCGGUGGCCGUCUGCACUCCGACCGACACGGACAUGGACAGAAAUCUAUGCUACCUGCGGGAAUUGGUGAGAAUAAUGGUGCCGGAUUUUUAUGCGCAUCUUCAAAAGCACGCGGAUGCCUUGGAGCUUUUAUUUUGCCACCGAUGGAUACUUCUAUGCCUGAAGAGAGAAUUUCCUACUGAGAUAGCGCUGGUCAUGUGGGAAGCCUGUUGGGUCAAUUACUUAACGGAUCACUUUCAUUUGUUUCUUUGCCUUGCCAUUAUGUGCGUCUACGCGGACGAUGUGAUCGCUCAGGAUCUACGGACGGACGAAAUGUUGUUGCACUUUAGUUCGUUGGCAAUGUACAUGGACGGGAAUGUCAUAUUGAGAAAGGCGCGGGGCCUACUUCAUCACUUUCGUCAACUUGUGCGCUUGCCUUGUACGUUAGCCGGUCUGUGUCGACAAUGUGGUCCGGGAAUGUGGGACAGCACCCACGAUCCGGUGAUAGAGUGCGUGGGUCACGAAGACACGAAUUGUCCCUAUUUAAAUAACUACGAGUGACUUUCUAAUCUCUAAUUUAAAAAAAAAAAAAAAAUCAACAUGAGAAAACGUCAGUAUUAUUUAACGUAUAAAUCGUUUCGUCGAGUUAUUAAAUUGUAACGAGGAACGCUCUUCUUCUCUAACGAAUUCUUUCUUUAUAUUCCAGACUUAAAAAAAAAAAAAAA